UCAGUUGGGCACUGGACUGCCGUCUGGUAACAUUGGUGUUGUACUUAGGGUGUAGUUAACUUUUCGGAGUACAGCUAUGAACGAUGGCGUCUCCUCGUCCAAAAUCACCACGUCCACCUAUUUCUGCAAAGAAGGAUGAUAAGGAAGAAAGUUUCUGGGAUAAAAUUGGAACCUUGGGCCGAAAGAAGCGAAUUAAAGAAGUGCAAAAAGUACAAGAAGAGGGAAAGUAUGCAAUUGAUUCACCAGGAUAUGCAGCUAAUCCAGAAAUGCCACCAGAAGAAUAUGCAUUAGAUGAAAAUGAAGAACGUUCCAUGAUAGAGCCUAGAUCUUUGGAGGACUCCAAGCUCAAAGAAUUGAUAUUUGUUUUGAUCGAAUGGAUCAAUGAUGAAUUGGCUGAUCAACGUAUUAUUGUGAAAGAUAUUGCAGAAGAUCUUUAUGACGGACAGAUAUUGCAGAAGCUGUUAGAGAAAUUGACAGGGAAAAAGUUGGAUGUUCCCGAAGUGACUCAGUCAGAGGAAGGUCAGAAACAAAAAUUGGCCGUUGUUUUGUCGACCGCUAAUCGCGUAUUAGAUCGAUACCCUCCUUAUAAAUGGAGCGUGGAAUUGGUUCAUUCAAAGAACAUCGUUGCUAUUCUACAUUUACUGGUCGGUUUGGCGAGGCAAUUCCGUGCUCCCGUGAGAUUACCAGAGAGAGUGGCCGCGCAAGUCGUCAUUGUACGUAAAAAGGAUGGCCAAUUGAUACACAGAACGAUCAGAGAAGAAAUUACAUCGACGUACGACGAUUUGGGAAUGCGAUGCGAACGCGAUGCUUUCGAUGAUCUUUUCGAUAAUCCGCCCGAUAAGCUAGCUGUCGUUAAAAAAUCGUUGAUUACUUUCGUCAAUAAACAUCUGAGUAAAGUGCACUUGGAGGUGACGGAUUUGGAUACGCAAUUUCACGACGGAGUAUUUUUAACGCUUUUACUUGGUCUCCUCGAGGGUUUUUUCGUCCCUCUGGGUAGCUUCCACUUAACACCUAAAACACACGAUCAAAAGGUGCACAACGUUUCGUUUGCAUUCGACAUUAUGCAAGAUAUUGGACUACCGAAACCUAAAGCCCGGUCGGAAGAUAUCGUAAAUUUGGAUCUGAAGUCGACUCUACGAGUAUUGUACAAUUUGUUUACUAAGUACAAAGGCAUGAACUGAAAAGGAAAAACGUUUCGUCGGCGAAGUGAACUUAACAAGACGCGACAAAUUAACGCUGCAAUUAACGGUAUUACCGAUAUACUAACCAAAGAAUAUAUUUUGUGUAUCAAAAUAGCAAACGUAUAAUUAUUGACACAUUUA